AUGUUGAGUUGUGCUCGUCUGGUUAGAUCUAGGGUAGUCACAAAUAUUGUGGAAUCUGGGGUUUCUCGUUAUAGUGGUAGUUUAAUUAAUCGUUCAAAUUUAAUUAAUCAGUUGCGUUUCCAACAUUCAGAAUCUAUAAUUUCAAAUGAAUUACAAAAUAAAGAUUUAAAAGAAGGUGAUGAUUCAAUACCUGAAAGACCAAAACUUACAAAAUAUGAACAAUAUACAUAUAAUAGAAAUAAAAGAGUUGCAGAAUUGAAAAAAAUUUCAGAAACUUAUAAUUCAAUUGAUUCAAAAUUAAUUGAUACUGAUUAUUCAAGAAUAUUUGAUGAAUUAAUUGAUGAACUUUCUACAUUUGAUGUUAGAGAUCGUUCUUUAUUAUCAACAAGACGUGAUUUCAGUCCUAUAAUCAAAAAACUCUUACAAACUGCUAUAAAGAGUGAAGACCCACAUUUCACUCCUGAAUAUGUUAUUUCUAGAGCUAGUGAAAUUAGUGUUUGUGAUAUUGUUGCAUUUGAAGAUCUUUCAAGAUUUAAAUUAAUUAAAGGUGAUUUGUCUGGUGUUUUGGAAUUAUGGGUUCAUUAUUUGGAAUAUAAAUCAAUGGAAAAUCUUAAAGCAGGUGGUAGAUAUAUUAAACUUUUCACUCAAUUAGCUUAUUAUGAAAGUUGUGCUAAUGAAGGGAAAUUACCAGAUUUAAAUAUUUUGAAAACUUUAUUACAAGGUGAAGAAGAAAAAAGUUUAGGUUUAUUAUUUAGUGUUUCACAAGAUAUCCUUAAAGAUCAACCUAAAAGACAAAAAUUACUAUUAAAACUUAUAAAUAAAACCAAAUUUGUAAAUCAAAAACCAAAUUCAUUAUUAUUUUUAAAUAAGGCACAUGAAGCUGCUAUCCAAGGAAAUACAAAAGCUUUAGAAGAUGUUUAUAAAUCAGUUUUAGAGAGUUCAGAAAUUAAUGAAGUUCCAGUUGAUGAACAAACUUUAGUUUCAUUUAUGAGUUUCUUCAAUAAAGUUAAUCAACGUCAACGUACAAUGGAUCUUUGGAAUGACUUAAUCAAAUCAGGAAUCAAUCCAUCAACUGAAGCAUGGAAUGAAUUAUUAGAAGCUGUUUCCAAAAUUGGUCCAUUUAAUCAAAGACUUGAUCAAGUUGAAUCAAUUUAUAAUCAAAUUCCAAAGAAAAAUGAUGAAACUACUGCAAAAUUAAUUCAAGUUUAUUCAUAUUUGAAAAAACAUGAUAAAAUUGAAGAAUUAAUCACAGACGAUCUUUUAACAAAAUCAAGUAUUGUUCAAUCUUAUAUUCAACAUUUAAGUGUUAAUAAUAAUUUAAUCAAGAUGGAGGAAAUUUUCGAUAAAUUUUCUCAAGGUUCUAAUUCAUCAGCUAUUAAUAUUAAUACUUAUAAUGCAUUAUUAAAUGGUUUUAUUAAAUCAAGAGAUUUAAAUAAAGCUUCAGCAUUAUUAAAAUCAAUGACUACAAAUAAAAUCAAACCAGAUGUUGCAACUUAUUCCAUGAUUAUUGAUUUAACAAUGAAAUCAGCAAGAAGAAGAGGUGAAAUUGUUAAUGAUGAAUUAAUUACAGCAUUAAUUCAAGAUAUGAAAAAAAAUGGUAUUCAAGUUAAUGCAUAUACAUUAACUAGUAUUAUUGAUGGAUUAGGUAAAGAUCCAACUUAUUCAAAUACUUCAACUGUAUUAUUUAAUUAUCUUGAAAGAAAAAAUUUAGCAAAUCAUGUUUCUUACGUUUCAAUGAUUGCAAAUAUGUUAACAUAUGGUAAAAUUGAUCAAGCUGAAGAAUAUAUCGCUAGAAUGAUUUCAAAAGGUUAUGAAGUUAAUAUUAAAUAUUGGAAUAUGUUUUUCGAUGGAUUUGCUAAAAAUCAAAGAAUUGAUAAAGUUAAACAUUAUUAUCAAGCUUUUAGAGAAAGUGGUAAAAAUGGAAGUUAUCCAGGUGCUAAUAAAUUUACAUUUUAUUUCUUAUUGAAAGCUGCAAAUUUUGGUAAAGAUGUUGAAUUUGCAAAUUUAAUUUUCCAAGAUAUUGAAAAUGCUAAAUUUGGAGGAUUAAGUGAUUCAACUAAAAAAGUUAUUGGUAAUUUAAAAAAAUUGGAAGGUAUUAAAAUUCCACAAAUUGUUGAAAACCAAAUGGUUUCAAAUUAA